GCGCAGGCGGCCGGCAUUCGGUAGCUGAGCGUCUCGCAGGGAAGACGUCUUCAUCACCAUGAAGCUGUGCAUCUUGAUAGCAGCGGCCCUGGUGGCUGUUGCUGCCGCCAACCAGGUCGUCUCCACCAAGAAAGUCAUUUGCUACUACGACAGCAAGAGCUAUGUCAGGGAAUCCAAUGCCCGUCUCCUGCCGCCGGACCUGGAGCCCGCGCUCCCGUACUGCACCCACCUGGUGUACGGCUACGCCGGCGUGCAGCCCGACACCUACAAGAUGAUCUCCACCAACCAGAACCUGGACAUCGACAGCGCGCACGCCAACUACCGCACCAUCACCAGCUUCAAGACCAAGUACCCACAGCUCAAGGUGCUGCUGGCCGUCGGCGGAGACGCGGACCUUGAGGACCCGCAGAAAUACAAUGCCCUGCUGGAAUCCCAGCAAGCGCGCACAGCGUUCGUGAACUCCGGAGUGGUGCUGGCGGAGCAGCACGGCUUCGACGGCAUCGACCUCGCCUGGCAGUUCCCCAAGGUCAAGCCAAAGAAGAUCCGCUCUGGAUGGGGCAACUUCUGGCACGGCGUGAAGAAGACGUUCAAGACGACCCCAGUGGAUGAGAAGGAGUCGGAGCACCGCGAAGGGUUCACCGCUCUGGUGCGCGAGCUGAAGGCCGCCCUUAGCCUCAAGCCGCAUCUCGAGCUCGGCGUCACCAUCCUGCCUAAUGUCAACUCCACCAUCUACUGCGACGUGCCCGCCAUCAUCAACUUCGUGGACUACGUGAACCUGCUGGCGUUCGACUACUUCACCCCCGAGAGGAACGAGAAGGAGGCCGACUACACCGCGCCGAUCUACGCGCCCCAGAACCGACACCCCGAGCAGAACGUCGACGCCGCCGUCAAAUACUGGCGCAACGCCGGCGCCCCUCCCACUAAGAUCGUGGUGGGCAUCGCCACGUACGCGCGCACCUGGAAGCUGGACUCCGAUAGCGAGAUCGCCGGAGUGCCGCCCAUCCACACCGACGGAGCCGGCGAACCAGGUCCUUACACAAAGACGGAGGGUCUGCUGAGCUACCCCGAGGUGUGCAUGAAGCUGAUCGCGCCCCCCGCCGGCCUGCGAGCCAACAUCCGCAAGGUCACUGACCCCAGCAAACGCUUCGGUACCUACGCGUUCCGUCUGCCUGACUCCGAUGGUAACGGAGGCAUUUGGGUGAGCUACGAGGACGCCGACACCGCCGGACAGAAGGCCGACUACGUCAAGAAAAACAACCUCGGAGGCAUUUCCAUCGUGGACCUGUCCAUGGACGACUUCCGUGAGCUGUGCACCGGCAACAAGUACCCCAUCCUGCGCGCGGCCAAGUACCGCCUGUAAACAACCAUUGCCUAGUUAUCCGUGUUUUCCAUAACCCUAUAAUUUCUGCGAAAAUACGAAAUAUUUAUCAAAUCAUCCUCACAAAACAUCUGCACCUUAAGAAAAAAGUCAACGAACUUACAAUAAAUCUGUGCCAGUUUUAAGUGUGUAGAUUAUCCUUUAUCCUAAAAUCAAGCUGCGGUGUGUUAUGCCAUUAUCAUAAUGGAAAAUGUAAGAUUUCGUUCGUGUCUUACCUUUCCUUUUGAUAACGUGGCCGCCGCAGGUCCGACCCCGACUUAUAAGGUGUCGGGAGCCGGCUUAAGUGCGAAUAGCCCUUAAUCCUGUAAUCCUAUAGAGCAUUCGUUCCCACUCCACCCUGUAUGCAGUGACGUUAGUGUAGGCUGGUUACUAGUACUGGUAGACGUAAGAGAAACUGUUUAAUUUAUAUAAAGAAUAAAUAUUUCAACGACCUGUAGAAACCUAGUGAUUACUCUCAGAAUACAAUAAUAUAUUAUUAUAACGAACAUGAAAUGGUUUAAUUAUUUUAUGUUUUAGCAUAGGUAAUCUGCAAAAUCUACGUGCUGUGAUUUAUGGAACGUUACACUAAUUAAUGUCAGAGACAGUAAUAUAAAAUAUAAUAAAGUAUGAUUUGCUCUAAA